AUUAAGCAGAAUUGUUAGCAGUCACUUGUCAACAUAACAAGGAACAAGAAAGAAUCAAGACGGUGCGAGUCAAGUAAUCCCAUUCAAGCAUGUAUCUUAAGGUGAUUGUGUUGUUUUUGGCCGUGACUUUGGUCGUGGAGAGCGCUGGGAUUCCUGGAGGCCUUGUAGCUGCAGACAUUAACGAUAAAGAUGUUCAGAAGGCGUUACGCUUCGCAGUGGACCAUUACAACAGGCAAAGCAACGAUGCGUUUGUGCGUAAAGUUUCCAAAGUCAUCAAGGUUCAACAACAAGUUGCUGCUGGCAUGAAAUACAUCUUCACUGUGAAGAUGGACAUAACCAGCUGCAAAAAGGGUGGAGUUAAGACCAUGUGUGCCGUUCCGAAGAAUCCCAAUGUUGCACAGGUCAUUCAGUGCAAAAUAACGGUCUGGAGCCAGCCAUGGUUAAACUCCUUGAAAGUCACUGAAAACACCUGCAUGUAGAGCUUGUGACGAGUGCAGUUUGGGGUGUUUUAACAUUCAAGCAGCAAUAAAAUGUACUUGCUGUUGGUAA